AUGUUUCUUAUUCUAAUCUACUCAAGCUUGGCCAUCCUGGCAACGUUGUAUAUUUUUACCACAAGCAAGCCAAAUGUCGUGGCUGGUGUGUACAGGAUGCCAGGUCGUGGCUACUGGUUCAAACGAUUGAUAUUUUCCAUCGUAUACAAACUUCGAUCUUUUACAAGACGGAGCAGCACUGGAUCUACUUUAGAUAUCAGAGGGUAUGGUAGGGCCCAUUCUUAUGAGCUCAUGGAAGCUCCUCACCCCUUGUUGCCUAAUCAGCAUGCCAUUGACUGCUGCUACUUUGGCGCCACCAGCAAAGAUGGUGCCAACAUUGUUUGUCGUCUGGCAAGACGUCACAACAGAAUGGCCGAGAUCUGGCUAUUUUUAGAACUUCCUGGCAUUGGUUGCCUGCAGUUCCCCAGACACCCAGAUACAGAGGUCAGCUACACAGAUGGGUCAAGGUAUCAGGCUGGGGGUCUGGUGUUUGAGGUCAUAGAGCCCAUGAAGAAAUGGAAGAUUACAUACAGCGGGAAGUUAAGGAAAGGCCUGUGUAAUAAUGUUACAAAUAAACCCGAGGAGUUCUUGGAAACACAUUUUACAUUUACCUGGAGUGCUUUCUCUCAACCUUUCAACUUUGACACAGAUAUGUCGACUUCUAUUCUCGGAGAUGGCUUGGCAAGAGAAGAGUGGAACUGGAGUUUUCUUGAAAAGCUUAAAAGCAACCACCAGAGCCAUUAUGAACAGUGGGGGGAGCUGAGGGGGAAGGUGUGUGUGGAAGGUUACGAGGACAAGGUCAUGUCUUUACAGUGUGUCCGUGAUCACACUUUUGGGGUUCGAGACUGGAGAGAUAUACAUAGAUAUGUUGCGAUGUUUAUUUACACUGAGACAGGGAUGGCUAUCCAGGUGGGAGUGUUUUGUCAGCCUAACUUGAUGUCACAUGUGAAGAUUGGCUACGUGUCAUAUCCUAAUGGUGACAUUGUGUCAGUGACAGACGUCAGCCUAAAGUUGUGGGAGGUUGGAGAGGAAACAGGCCCACCGCCAUCUUGGAACUUUUCGUUCACUGCAGAUGGUCAAGUUUAUAACGUAAUUGCAACAAGGGGGACAACUCCAGAUUGGUACCAUCAUGAAGACAGGGGAGGUAAAGUCAUGGAGGCGUUCACAAAGUUUACAGUGAAUUCCCAUAAAGGGAGAGGAAUCAGUGAAUACUUCUACAGAAAUUCAAAUGGACCCUUGCGGACAAAUCUUCAACCCAACUAUAAACUAGUUCAAGAACCACCUUCAAGUUUUGUGAGAGAAAAUGAAAGGGAAAUCACUCUGCUAUUUACGCACCCUGCAUGUAGCUCUUCAGCUUUGGUUGGUGGAAAAGGUGCUCAGUUAGCUCAGCUUACUGCACUAAGAGAAAAUGUAAAAGCUCAUGUAUCACCUGGAUUCUGUUUAACACUGAGAUCGUUUGAAGUACAGCUACAGAACUAUCCUACAAUGCUCAAGGCAACCAAAGCUGUAGCAGAAGCAUGCUAUCUACAAGGUGCAGAUUUGGUGUCCAUAUGUGAUGAUGCUGUACAAGCCAUUACCUCAACAGAGAUCUGUGAUGUGGUCAAAAAAAGUAUCACAGAGUCCAUGCGGGUCUGUUUUGGUGCAGGUUACCAGAGUGUUCAUUUGGCGGUCAGGUCCUCUGUUGCAGGUGAAGAUGGAGAUGAAGCAUCUUUUGCUGGACAACUAGACACAUUUCUAGGAGUUGUUGGACUGGACCAGAUUCUGCAAGCAGUAAAAAAAUGUUGGGCCUCAGCUUUCACCCACCAGGCUGUUGAGUACCGCAGACAACACGGUCAGCCAAUCAAUGUCCUCAUAGGUGUGGUCAUUCAGGAGAUGGUACCUGCAGAGUCAGCUGGUGUGAUGUUCACAGUUGACCCAUUGACCCGCAGCAACAGUCAUGUCGUCAUCAACGCCAACUUUGGCCUGGGCGAGUCUGUGGUGUCAGGGAGGUCUAACCCUGACACCAUCACAGUGGAGCGACACCCUGAGUUUAUACAUGACACCAGUAAAUUGGUGAUUGGUUCAGUGGUGGCUGGUGACAAGAAGAUCAAAAUUGUGGAGACAGGUUAUGGAGGAGUAAAGGAGGAAGUUUUAUUAGAAAGGUCAAAAGUCGUUUCUCUUUGUGAUACAGUGAUUUUAAAGCUUGCAACCAUUGGUAUUGAGCUAGAAAAAUACUAUGGCUGUCCCAGAGAUGUAGAGUGGGCUGUUGUUGGUGAGGAGAUUUACCUGUUACAGUGUCGUCCAAUAACAGUGUCAGAGGUUGAGACAGAGGAGGAGCUAAUCCAUGAGUUUGACAGCCCAGCUACUUGUGAUUACCAGUGGUGGACCACAGCUAAUAUCAGUGAAAUGUUGCCAGGGGCAGUGACUCCACUUACGCUAAGCAUUUUCCAGCCAGCUCUUGAGUAUAGCCUGCAGGUUUCUUAUAAAUCCACUGCCAUGACCGCCGAAUGGGAAGAAAAAUUAAAAACAUACACAGUGGAGGAUGAAAGGACAGAUGCAGCUGGACUGUACAGGUGUAUAGAUCAGAAGCUGGCGGACUAUGAGUCUGUCUGGUCCUGGACUUCUAUCAACAGUGGCAGGUCUGCCAAUAUGGCUCAAGCUUUGAUGACACUUGUUGGUGGCAGUGCUGCAGACUGGACAUCAGAACACUAUGGCGAUUUAGCGUUGUUAUUGUCUAGCUGUGAUGGGGUCUACAGUGCUGAAGUUCCACAAUCAGUGUCGUUGAUUGCUAAAGAAAUAGCGAGAGCAGGAGAGGGGCUGGUACAUCUGUUUAUGGAGACCCCAGAUGCAGAAUGUUUAGAAUUAUUGAACCGUUACUCAAAACUCAAGAUGUGCAUCAGCGAAUUUCUUAACCGGCACGGACAUAGGUGCAUAAGAGAGUCUGAGCUGAGGGAACUAUCAUGGGCAGCAGCCCCAGAAAAGUUUGUUUCGGUUCUUAAGAUGAUGUUGAAAACAAAAUCUUUUGAGAAGUCUGAGAAAUCAAACAUCACAAUACCUGAGCUUUUAAAUAAAAUCAAGAGAAAAAUUCCCGUCCACAAAAGAUGGUUCCUGAAAUGGCUUCUGCCUCAAGCUAGGCGAGCUGUUGGCUUAAGAGAAUGGGGGAAGUCAAUUGCUGUAAAAAUGAAUGACGUUAUGAAAACAGCGUAUGCUGAUUUAUCUGCCCGCCUAUACACAGAAGGGAGACUACCUGAUCCUGACUUAAUGUUUUUUUUAACACAUCAAGAGAUUGGAGCUCUUUUGUCAACACGCUCUGCUCGCCUGGUGAUCAAAGCUCAAAAGCGAAGGAAAAUUUUCACAAAACAGGCAGAGAAUAGACUUCCGAAAAUCUGCCGCAGCUACCCAGUUGAGAUCAGUUCAAAUUCGAAAGAAACAGAAUACUCCAGCGUUGAAUGUUUAUUAAAAGGUUUGCCAGUUAGUCAAGGUUUAGUGACCGGACCGGCUCAGGUUGUCCAUAGUUUGGCUCAGGCUUCUGUUAUUAAGGCAGGUGAUAUCCUGAUUAUCACAAGCACUGACGUGGGCUGGACUCCAUACUUUCCUCUACUGGGUGGAUUAGUGACAGAGCUAGGUAGUCUUAUGUCUCAUGGAGCUGUUGUGGCUAGAGAAUAUGGCAUCCCAUGUGUGGUGAAUGUGGCAAAUGCUACAACUAUCAUCAGAUCAGGUGAAAUACUUCAAGUGGAUGGACGACUUGGCACAGUUAAACGCCUGGCAGUAAACGAACAUUAAGAAAUUCAUUU